AUGGAGGAACACACGGAGGCAGGCUCCAGACUGGGGCUGGGGGACCAGCGGGCUCUCAUCGACAAUCCUGCUGACAUCGCGGUCAUUGCUGCUUAUUUCCUGCUGGUCAUUGGUGUCGGCUUGUGGUCCAUGUGCAGAACCAACAGAGGCACCGUGGGUGGCUACUUCCUGGCAGGACGAAGCAUGGUGUGGUGGCCGGUCGGGGCCUCUCUCUUUGCUAGCAAUAUCGGCAGUGGCCACUUUGUGGGCCUGGCGGGGACCGGUGCUGCAAACGGCUUGGCUGUGGCUGGAUUUGAGUGGAAUGCGCUGUUCGUGGUGCUGCUCCUGGGUUGGCUGUUCGCGCCGGUGUACCUGACCGCAGGCGUCAUUACGAUGCCGCAGUACCUGCGCAAGCGCUUCGGCGGCCAUCGGAUCCGCCUCUACCUGUCCGUGCUCUCGCUUUUUCUGUACAUCUUCACCAAGAUCUCGGUGGACAUGUUCUCCGGGGCGGUGUUUAUUCAGCAGGCUCUAGGCUGGAACAUUUACGCUUCGGUCAUCGCGCUCCUGGGCAUCACCAUGGUUUACACCGUGACAGGAGGGCUAGCAGCGCUGAUGUACACAGACACGGUGCAGACCUUUGUCAUCAUCGCGGGGGCCUUCAUCCUCACCGGUUACGCCUUCCACGAGGUGGGCGGGUAUUCCGGGCUCUUCGACAAAUACAUGGGAGCGAUGACUACACUGACGGUGUCCGAGGACCCGGCUGUGGGCAACAUCUCCAGCUCCUGCUACCGACCCCGGCCCGACUCCUAUCAUCUGCUCCGGGACCCUGUGACGGGGGACCUACCAUGGCCCGCGCUGCUCCUGGGGCUCACCAUCGUCUCGGGCUGGUACUGGUGCAGUGACCAGGUCAUAGUGCAGCGCUGCCUGGCCGGGAGGAACCUGACUCACAUCAAGGCAGGCUGCAUCUUGUGCGGCUACCUGAAGCUGACGCCUAUGUUCCUCAUGGUCAUGCCAGGCAUGAUCAGCCGCAUCCUUUACCCUGACGAGGUGGCGUGCGUGGCGCCCGAGGUGUGUAAGCGCGUGUGUGGCACGGAAGUGGGCUGCUCCAACAUCGCCUAUCCGCGGCUCGUCGUGAAGCUCAUGCCCAACGGUCUGCGCGGACUCAUGCUGGCGGUCAUGCUGGCCGCGCUCAUGUCUUCACUGGCCUCCAUCUUCAACAGCAGCAGCACCCUCUUCACCAUGGACAUCUACACACGCCUGCGGCCCCGCGCCGGCGAAGGCGAGCUGCUGCUAGUAGGACGGCUCUGGGUGGUGUUCAUCGUGGCGGUGUCGGUGGCCUGGCUACCUGUGGUGCAGGCGGCGCAGGGCGGGCAGCUCUUCGAUUACAUCCAGUCUGUUUCCAGCUACUUGGCACCGCCUGUGUCUGCCGUCUUCGUGCUGGCGCUCUUCGUGCCGCGCGUUAAUGAGAAGGGCGCCUUCUGGGGACUGAUAGGGGGCCUGCUAAUGGGCCUGGCACGCCUUAUUCCCGAGUUCUCCUUCGGCACGGGCAGCUGCGUGCGACCCUCCGCUUGCCCGGCGUUCCUGUGCCGGGUGCACUACCUCUACUUCGCCAUUGUGCUCUUCUUCUGCUCGGGCCUCCUCAUCAUCAUCGUCUCCUUGUGCACCGCACCCAUCCCACGCAAGCACCUCCACCGCCUGGUUUUCAGUCUGCGGCACAGCAAGGAGGAACGGGAGGACCUGGAUGCUGACGAGCUGGAAGCCCCGGCCUCUCCCCCUGUCCAGAACGGGCGCCCAGAGCACGCAGUGGAGAUGGAAGAGCCCCAGGCCCCGGGCCCAGGCCUGUUCCGCCAGUGCUUGCUGUGGUUCUGUGGAAUGAACAGGGGCAAGGCAGGUGGCCCCGCACCCCCUACCCAGGAAGAGGAGGCUGCAGCAGCCAGGCGGCUGGAGGACAUCAACGAGGACCCGCGCUGGUCCCGGGUGGUCAACCUCAAUGCCCUGCUCAUGAUGGCCGUGGCCAUGUUUUUCUGGGGCUUUUAUGCCUAG